UCGUUUCUUUGUUUUUUUUCUGUGUGAUUGCCAGUCAUCAUUCUUAAUGUCACCAUUUUCAUAAGCUAAAGCACUAUUUCCAUCCAGGUUGAAUAAUUCAUUGCACACUUCAAUUUGUUUUGCCUCAAGGUUAGACAUGUUAUGAUUCGUGGAUCCCCCUGUAUGAUUCGUUUUGUUAAUCUUCUCUUUAUCAGCUCCGUUUUUUAUGUUUAUAUUUACCUGGUUUUUGUUGGAAUGUAAUUUGAUGUCAGGUAUUUGUAUUUCAGGAGAUGUUUUUCCAGCAACUAGUUUUUUUUGUAAGUUGCCCUUAUUUUGAAGAUUUGAAUUUUCUGCAUUUUGCGAAAAGUAGUGGUGAACAAGUUUUUUGAUAGUCUCUUCUACUACAUUAGGGCUCUCCUGUCUGUGUGAGUGACAGGGUGUUCCGAAUUUUUCUGUAUUUAGCUGUUCCAGUGUAUGAAUUUUUUCUUCGAGUAUUAUCGUUUUUUCUUUCAUCAAGAAACUCGUAUCAGAAUCCGCUGAAGUUCUAAGUCAUCUCUGUAGAGUAGUAAUAAGCAUAGGACUACUUGUGUUUGUCUUUGGUCAGUCAUAUAGUUAUUCAUUUUUGUUUACAUAUGGAGGCCACAAUCUGGUAGAAAAUACUUUACCGGUCACAAUGCUGCGGUUCCACAGCCUUGCUGUUGUUCUUUUGGCAAUAAACGGUGUAACAGAGGGAUUUGUUCUUGCCACUAUCGGUAGCAAGGAACUUGAUAGGUACAAUUAUCUAAUGGUCAUAUUUUCAAUAACAUUUUUAAUGAUUGCCUAUCUCUUCACAUACUUUGUUGGUCCAGUGGGAUUCAUUUUAGCCAAUUGUGUCAACAUGGCAGUUAGAAUUGGACACAGCAUAAUUUUCACAAAGAAAAAAUAUAAGGAUACCAAAUACAAUCCUCUCAGUGGUUUAAUACCAGGUUACAAAUUUGUGAUAGGACUGGUGAUCUCAGGAAUCAUUACAAAACUUAGUGAGGUGGGUAAAAAUGAACCUAUGUUUAAUUGUUUUUUUGGAUAUUCCCAAGUGGAAUUUAAAAUGGUUGGUUUUCAGGUAUACAUACUCGAAAAAUCAAUGGUUCUGCACAUUGGAAUAGGAGCUGCAUGUUUCGUAUUUACAUUAAUUAUGUGGGCAUUUGAAAAUCGCCAGCUGUUGAAAUUGGGAUAUGCCCAAUACAAGAGGAAAAGUCUGACGAAAAGUGAUUAAAAUAGUUUGAGUCUGUUAAAUUUGUUGAAGAAAUUUAUAAACGACGUUACUAAA